GGUUUGAGGAAAUUAAUGAUGAAUUAAUUUACAAGAAAGAUUUUGACAUAGAUACUAUUAAAUAUGCUAUUCUUUCUAAAUUGAAUCCUAAAUAUCUUGGACUAUCACCUGAAGUUAUAAUUUUAGAGUUAG